AUGUCGCUGUCGUCGGCGGACGAUUUGAGUGAGAAAUAUGGUGCAUCACCCAGUCGCAGCGUCACGAUGGCGAGCAAGAAGAAGCGGAAGAAGUCAAAGGGACGAACGAUUGACCUCGACUUGACGCUAGCAUCUUCUAACGAACUCAUCCAGACAUAUGAGCCUAAGAUCUGUUGCGACGAGAAUGGCCCCAAAGUGGUGUCUGCGUAUGCUUCGAACAGUAUUCAAGGGAGUGAUGAUUGUUUGGAUGUGAUUACUCAGCUUCUGCCCGUGGUUCGGCAAGUUCUUCCGUAA